UACGUUUGAAAUUUCAGGAUAAAAUACGACGCGAUGCUCUCGUUCUUUGGCUCCUCGAAGUUCAAUUGGCAGAAUUUGCGGAGCUAAGACGCACUGGAAAGCAAGCCUUUGGGGAGGAAUCUAGUUCAACUACCGAAGCAACACCGGCCGAGCAGCAAAUCAAAAAUAUGCGGCAGCAAAUCGAAUUAUUUCUUGCCCGGUCUAACGUUCUGGCAACAGUGGAAUCAAGUCAUCACACAACAGUGGUAAAUGUUCAUCUGUUGCAGUCGGAAUACGAAAGAGUGCUGGAAGUAAUUCAGAAACAGCAUCUAUUGGAACUGUACUACAAACAUUCUCCGUUAUUGAUCGAGAAAAUCCCAACAGAACUGAUAGCAGCAUGGAUUGAAGAAGGUAAAGCGCUUGUUUCGGAUCGGCUUCUACCAGCACUGUAUCGAUGUCAAGAUGUAUCCAAUACGAAAAUGGUUACGGCUGCAUUGAAAUAUCUUAAUUUUGUGAUAAAUGAAAAUCUGGCAAGCCGAGCAAUGCAUAAUUUUAUGAUAUCACUUUGUGCCGAGUUCAAACCCGAAGAACUGUUGGAGUAUUUUGAGAAAUAUGGCUAUAGCAAGAAUUCGGUACCUUAUGAUGUCGAUUUUGCUUUACGAGUAUGUAUUGAGAAACCAGCACUGAAGCGAUGUUGCGUUUUUCUAUACUGUGUGGAUGAGCUCUAUGAUGAAGCUGUAUCGCUGGCCCUUACGGUUGAUCUUGAAUUAGCGAAAAGCUGUGCAAAACGGAUGUCGUUACCCAAUGAAAAUGAAUAUGAUUUCGUGCUAAUCGAUGCAGCAAAACCAAAAUUCUCAGCUGAAAUGCGAAGGCACGUUGAUCUUGAAUUAGCGAAAAGCUGUGCAAAACGGAUGUCGUUACCCGAUGAAAAUGAAUAUGAUUUCGUGCUAAUCGAUUCAGCAAAACCAAAAUUCUCAGCUGAAAUGCGAAGACAUGUUUGGCUACAAAUAGCACGUUACAUUAUCGAGAAACAAGGCGAUGUGGCAGCAUGCGUGAGUUUACUAAAAGAAUCGGACAAUGCCAUCAAAAUACAGGUUUUUUUAUUUUUGUUUUUAAAAUCAAUUAUUCCUGAUGACGGAGUACAUGUAUUCCAGGAUUUGCUUCCAUUUUUCCCGGAAUUUGCAACAAUUGAACAUUUCAAAGGACCACUAUGCGAAUGUUUAAAAGAACAUUCAGGAAAAAUCAAGGCCAGUAGUUCCGCAAAAUUUCAACUGCAAGAUGAAAUGAAGAAUGCAACAGAGGUGGCGCAACAGAUCCGUAACGACAUGGAAAAAAUGAAGAGCAAGUAA